UUUGUGUUCAGAUAUCCGAUGUCAUGUGACACAGAUUACCAUAGAAACGAGGUGUACGUGUAUGACUUUUUCCUAAGAGGACUGGUAUUAUUGGAAAACUACAACUCCUCCGCAAUCAAAGAAUCCAUCACCAUCACUCAGCAACAUUUUGGUAUAUCCCAGGAAUACAUUGCCGUUGACUGGAUUUCACAUAAUGUAUAUUGGACCGAUCCGCUGAUGAAUUGGAUAGCGAUGCAGCCUGGAGGAUCUAUUAAUGACAAUACUUUGUACAAAAUCAUAAUUAAAGAUAACAUAAAGUUACCAAGAGGACUUGCUGUCGACCCUAUAGCAGGAUAUAUAUUUUGGUCAGAUGUCAAUAAAAAAUCAAUCAUAGAAAGAUCAAGUUUGACUGGGGAUACACAGUCAAGGACGAUUCUUGUAUACUCACAACUAUCACAGCCUAACUCUAUAGUUGCCGAUCUUUCCGAGAAAAGAAUAUAUUGGGCAGAUAUGGAGUAUAUUGAUUCCGCCACAUACGACGGUACAGAUCGUAGACAUGUUUUACGUGAUAAUUACGUCACAUUCUGGGACAUGGCAUUGUUCAAGGACAUUAUCAUCACCACCGAUUUGUAUGCGUUUUUAAUGAACGGGGAGACUUCCUACUCACGAUUUUAUGAUAAAAACACCGGGGAAGAAAUCACCGAGAAACGUAUAAGUAAUAAUAGAGAACUACUAUUUGGUGUUUGCAUGUAUCAUCCAGAUACUCAACCCAUGAAGCCCGAACAAGAACGCUGUAAAAGCGCUGGCUGUGCAGAAAUUUGUGUAAAUGAACCGAGUAAAGCAACCUGCCUGUGUCGGGAAGGUUCUAUCCUUGACACUGACGGUAGAUCUUGCAUUGAGAAAGCCGGUCAGUAUCAAAGAGCUAUAGUUAUAAAUACUGGAAAGAGCUUAUGUCUGAUAGACAUAAGGGCCUUAAGUGACCGACACGAUUUCGAGCCUGUUUGUUUCGUUAAUACAACCGGAAAUGAUGUUAUUACAUUUUUUGAAAUUAAUAUGGCUGCAAGGGAAGCGUAUUUUGCGAUAGGUUCUUCAAUUCAUAGAGUUUAUAUGGACAAAGGUGCCGACUCAAGGUUUAUUGAAAGUUUCGUUAUUACAGAACAAAGUUAUAAUAUAACAGGUAUGUCCUAUGACUAUGGGAGUAGAAAGGUAUAUUUCACAGUGGGCUCUGAUCCCCCAGAACUGUGGUUUAUAGACAUAAGCACUGGAUCACCGUCAAAGUAUAUAACACUGGGAAACGUUGUUGUUAGAAGUCUUACUGUAGUUCCUUCACAAAGGAAAGCAUAUUGGCUGGCUGAUAUGAACAUCCUACAAUCUGUUGACCUUGGGAACUUACGUAGCCCGAACAUCACGAAUUUGACUCUAAUCUUACACCCGAUUCUAGGCUCUAGUGUUCCAAAACACAUGGUGCAUGAUUCUAAAAGAGAAUUAUUUUUCGUUCUUGUGGAGGGCAUAAAUGGACAUUCUGAUUUGAUGGGAAUAGAGUACUCUGGAAAUGUUACAAAUUAUAUCGCGACAGCAAAUCCUAUUGAAGAUUUCACCAUAUAUAAGGAAUAUAUCGUAUUAAUAAACAAGAAGGACGAUGGGACUUUAAUUCGGUCUGGAGAUCUAGGUGGAUAUGUCCCUGGUUUCCCACUGAAAAUCGUAGAUGAGGGAACAGUGUCUGGUGCAGAGAAUAUAUACGGUGUAAAAAUUCUAGACACCCGGCAGCCAACCGAGAAUACCAGGUUUAUGACAACGCACUCUAUUAUAAAUAACCCAUGUAGUUCCAGAACCAGUAAUGGUGGUUGUCAACACAUUUGCUUAACUGACGGUAAAACAGUCAGAUGUAAAUGUAAAUUUGGUUUUACAUUGCAUUCCGAUGGAAAGCAGUGUGUUUCGCUACCUGUCUAUGACGACUUUAUACUUGUCACAGAUACUACAUACUUUGAAGUAUUCCAGAUACCUUUAAAUAAUCCAACCACGGUCGUUGGAAUCAGCACGCCGGCAACAGACAGACCAGACGGUGUUAUAUAUAACCAUCUAACCAAUGAGGUGGUUUGGACGGGUACAACAACAGCUCAGAUAUGGGGCGUCAAUUUGAAUGGGACACGUCAACGUCUUAUUACCGAUGUAUAUGGUACAAUGUAUGGCUAUGCUGAUCAGGUGGCACUAGAUCCGAGCACGGGUAACAUAUAUUACACGGGAUAUCAAUUAUACAGUGAUGUACUUUAUAAUAGCUUUAUUGCUGUGUUGAGCAAGCAUGGGUACAUGACUGUCUUAGUGUGGGAUGGUCACAGACCACGUGACAUAGAACUGGAUCCAGCAGAAGGCUACAUGUUUUGGUCUGACUACAGUGAAGCUUCACCGGCUAUUUUCCGAGCCGCAAUGGACGGCAGUAUGAAGAAAGCUAUACAUACAGAGAAUCUAGUUUGGCCAAAUGGAAUUGCGCUUGACCGUAAAGCUAAACGAAUUUACUGGACGGACGGUAACUUAGAUAAGAUAUAUCACAGUGACUAUGAUGGGAAUGAUAGACAAACAUUCUUGGAGGUUCCAAAAGGAUCUAGAUUAAUGGACUUGGAACUCCUAGGAAACUAUCUAUACUAUGUUGCAAUGGAUAAACAACAAAUAACAAGAGUGCACAAGGACAACAAAAAUGAUGUAAAACUUUAUGGACCAGCUACAGGACUUGGCAGAAUGUAUGGUUUAGAUAUAUACAGUUCAUCUACGACAUCCACUCCAGUGAACAGUGACUGUUCAUCUAACAAUGGAGGAUGUAGUCAUUUUUGUUUCCCUCGACCAGGUGGACAUUCUUGUGGAUGCCCAAAUAAUGAGGAACUUCUUUUGGACGGAAAGAAUUGCGAAAGUGCUCCUCGCUGUCGAAUGUCUAUACCAAAUGGACAGAUUAUUACGGACGCGGUAUGUGUCGGUAUACAAGGUAAUGUGUGCGGGUACAAGUGUGACGACGGCUACAAACCACUCUUUUCUGAUGAACCUAUCGUGUGUGUUCGACCUAUUGUACAAAAUAAUACAAUUGUGUUGCAUUGGAAUGUUCAAGACCCAUGCCAAGAAAUAACGUGUCCGGAUUACAUAGAAAAUGGUGUCAUCGUUAAGGAAGGUUGCACGCUGCGCCCUGAUGAUGUGUGUUCAUACCGCUGUAAUGACGGGUACCAGACUAACACGGGUAUUAAACAUAUAUCAUGUGAGAUGGAUGGAAGUUGGAAUUACACACAGACACAGGAAACUCUUUGUACAUUGAUAACAACAACAACUGAGACGGCCAAAUCAUCAGCUUCAACGGGAAAAGAUAUAGGUAUUGGUGUAGGAAUUGGUGUAGCUGUAUUUGUCCUGAUCGUUAUCAUAAUUAUUGUCAUCGUUUUCUUAAUAAGGUCGGGUAGAUUUUCCAAGAAAGCGGAUACUUCAAGUACAUCUUUUGAAAACCCAAGAUAUGCUGAUAAUAGUGUACAGUUAGGUGAAACAAAUACAGCAUUUGGAUAUGCCACAUUAGAGGAAGAUAAAGUAGCGGCAAGUGCAACAAACACCACUUACGAUAAUAUGAAGCCAAGAGUAUAACUUAGCAACAACAUUUUACAAAACAGAUAUGAGGAGAUACUCUCCUUGGAAAGAGUCUUUAUUUAUGGCAGAUUCGGUUUAUUAUUGGGUACUCUUGAACUGUUAAUUUAAACAUUUGUCUUGACAUCUGUUCAUGCAAAAGCUACGAGAGACUGUGGGGACUUUUCAACUUCAUGAACCCCGCAUUUCAUCUCCGUGAACCCACAAUUUUAAUUUCGUUAUUUCACGUUUGCAACAUACGGAAUUCACGAUUUUAACUUCAUGAACUUCAAGAAUUCACGAUUUCAGCUGUAAAUCGUGAAUUCAUGAAUUCUAUGUCUUGAAAUCGUAGAUUCAUGUAGUUGAAAUUGUGAAUUCGUGAAGGUGAACCCGAGCAUUCAAAUAUCACCAUCAGUCAUUCGUAAAAAGCCCAUAAACUACAUGAAGAAUAUAUUUCUACUAAGUAGAAUAUUUUUAGUAAAUGGUUUGGGACAAUGGUUACUUACAGAUGCAUGUAUAAUCAAUGAUAUUUUUUUCUAUAUGUCACAACAAUAUAUUUUUCAGUGUAUUUGGACGAGAUCAUAUAUCUUUAUAUAAACUUACCUGCCUACACGGCAAACACUUUUUCUGUGAUUUUGUGCGUGCUUGUUUGUGUGCGUAUGUGCGUGUGUUCGUGCAGUAGUUUUACAUUUCCGUUUAUUAAGAAAAUUGAAAUAUUAUGUUUCUAUGAAACUAUGUUUUGUAAUUCUGUAUUAAGUGAUUAUGAAAGUUGUUAUGUUAGUGCCAGUUUGCUAUUUACAAACUUUUAAGAAUUGUUUUAAAAUAAACACACUGUUAAAAGUAAUUUGAGUCAACAGACAACAAAAGAUCGAGUGUCUGCUUUAGAAUAUAUGUGUGUCUAUGUGUCUGUCUUAUAACAUUUACACCUUAUUCUUUAUCAUACUUGCAUAUGUAUGCAUGACAACUUUCUCUUUACAUCAGAUAUCAUAUAAUGAAUUUAUGAUACAGCAAAUUUCCUUUUUUCUUUUGGACGAAAAAAGCGAAAUUUGAUCAAAAAUUUAUAGCAGCCGUGUAUAUAAAAUUAUAAAGACGUCGCUUUUAUCAAAUGAAAUGCUCAUCUAACUUACAAUAUAUUCCAUUUCUGAAUUAGGCAUUUUUGUAUUUUAUGACGUUUUUAGGCUAUUGUGUUAUCUUAUUCUAAAUCCUGAUAAUUUCUAUCAAUAUUUUGAAUGUAUAAUGAAAUCCAUGUGUACUGUUAAUUUAUGAAAUCUCUUAUCCAGAUGUUAAGAAAUCCUUUUAAUUCAUAUUUUACAUGGUUUUGUACCUGUUUAAGUGAGUAGUUCUGUUAAAUAUCUCAUUUUUUAAUUUAACAAACUGUUUUCACUUUUUAUAACUUCUUUUUUAACUAUGGAUGAUCCUCCGUUUUAUUUUAUAUACUAAAAGUUUUGUUUUUUGUCUCCGUAUUUUGUAAUAGACUACGUUUCUCGGUCUUGUUAAAAUCAUUUGGGUAUUUAACUGUAUUUAUGUUCAACAAACAUUUAUUCUUUUAUUUAAAUGUUUUCUCAAUUUAUAUUCUGCAAACACAAACAAUAAAGAAACACGUUACG